GUGAGAGCGAUUCAAAACCACCCAAACGGCUAUAAUUGGCGUUACGGAAGUUUGAGAGGUCCAGAGAGGAAACACCCCAUAUUUAAAGAUUGAAGCUUUUUUGGUUCAUCUUUGCCAAAAUUUGAUUUUGUUUCCAAAAAUUUGGCCUUUUUAUUGAUUUCCUGUAGUUUUCCUUUUUUUGGGUUUUGAUGAGGAAAAGAAGAUCUGGGUGCUUCAGAAUCUGGUAAAAGAGGGAGAGGAGAAGAGGCAGAGGGUGUAACCUUUUGGGCAUUUCCCUUUUCUUCAUUGCCAUUUUGGUUUUUUAUUGAGGAGGAGUUGGGCUUUGAGUCAUGUCUGAUGGGUAUUACAGUUCUAAGAAGACUGAUGAUAUAUGCGACGACGUUUGUGGAGAGCAGGGAUCAGAAGCAGCAUUGAGCAUGUCCAGACUCCGCUGCAUUUUGCGGGGGUUUGAUUUGAAGACAUACAUUUUCAUUUUUGCCAUUCUUCCAUUAUGCAUCUUGGGUGUUUAUUUACAUGGGCAGAAGGUUACAUAUUUUCUACGGCCUAUCUGGGAAUCUCCUCCAAAGUCUUUCAUUGAUCUUCCACACUAUUAUCACGAGAAUGUGUCUAUGGAGACUCUCUGCAGACUUCACGGGUGGAGUACUCGAGAGUCGCCAAGACGAGUUUAUGAUGCAGUUCUCUUCAGUAAUGAGGUAGAUAUCCUUACAAUCAGGUGGAAUGAAUUGUAUCCGUAUAUUACCCAGUUUGUGCUGCUGGAAUCGAACUCAACUUUUACCGGCCUGCCCAAACCAUUGGUCUUUGCUAAGAACAGGGACCGGUUUAAGUUUGUUGAAGACCGGCUCACUUAUGUAACAACUGGAGGAAAAUUUAAGAAAGGCGAGAACCCAUUUUAUGAGGAGGCAUUUCAGAGAGUAGCACUAGACCAGCUUCUGAGAGUAGCUGGUAUAGAAGAUGAUGAUCUGCUGAUAAUGUCUGAUGUUGAUGAGAUUCCUAGUGCCCACACAAUUAAUCUGUUGAGGUGGUGUGAUGACAUCCCGCCUGUUAUUCAUCUCAGACUGAAGAACUACUUGUACUCGUUUGAGUAUUUUGUUGAUGAAAAGAGCUGGAGGGCAUCAGUUCACAGGUACCAGACCGGUAAUACUACAUAUGCUCACUUCAGACAGAGCAAUUACCUUUUGUCAGAUGCCGGGUGGCAUUGUAGUUUUUGUUUCCGCCAUAUCAGUGAAUUCAUAUUCAAGAUGAAAGCUUACAGCCACUAUGAUCGGGUGAGGUUCUCUCAUUACUUGAACCCAAAAAGGAUUCAGGAUGUGAUAUGCAAAGGGACUGACCUGUUUGACAUGAUACCCGAGGAGUACACGUUUAGGGAGAUCAUUGGAAAGAUGGGACCUAUUCCUAGAUCUUAUUCAGCUGUUCAUCUUCCUGCGUAUUUGCUGAACAAUGCUGAGAAGUACGAGUACCUGUUGCCGGGAAACUGCAAGAGGGAAAAUGGCUGAGACUUGAAAAGCGAAGUGCCUGUUCAAACAGUUGAACAGGCAAAUUGUUGAUAGAACUCUGUGAAUUGGACCGAAUAGUGCUCCCCAUUAGAGUUUGAUAGCUAUUGUGUCGCAGAGAUACAAGGAUAGGUCAUUCUUAGAGUGUUUUUGAGAAGAACAUCAUAGAAUCCUGCAAAUUUAAUGGGAAAUUUAUGUACAUUUCCUUUUCUUUGUCUUUCUUGGGUUUCUCUGGAACCAUAUCAAUUUUUUAAAUGGAGGAUUUUCUUUGAGGGGUAAAUCUUCUCCAGAGCUUUGG